AUGGUAAAUAUACAUAUCUAUCUAUCUAUCUAUCUAUCUAUCUAUCUAUCUAUCUAUCUAUCUAUCUAUCUAUUAAAAAAACAAAACAUAACAAAUAAAAUACAUAGCUUGCAUACAUCAUAUAAAUGGGUGAGAGUUGAAUACCCAGGUCCUCCUGUACAUAGAGUUGGCUCAGGGAUACCCCAUCACACAAGUAUGAUAUCUUUUACGGAACAAAAUAAAAUGGUAAAACGUUUCUCUUCAAUUUCUUCUUUUCUUUUUUUUUUUCUCUUUUAUUCCUUCUUUUAUUCCUUCUUUUAUUCCUUCUUUUAUUCCUUCUUUUAUUCCUUCUUUUAUUCCUUCUUUUAUUCCUUCUUUUAUUCAUUCAUUUUCUUAUUCCUCUGCUCCUCCAAUUGUUUUAUGAACAAAUUUAUUUUACAUUCAGUUUUUCUUUCUUUUCUUAUCUCUAAAUUACUCCCAUAA